CGGACGUGACGCAAGCGGAAGUCCUGAGGAGGAGGAGGAGGAGGUGGCGGCGGCAGCAUGGCGGCGGUGGGCGCGCAUCGGCCCGGGCCGCUGAAGCAGCAGAACAAGGCGCACAAGGGCGGGAAGCACAGCGGGGCCUCGCAGCGCCGCGCCGGAGGCCGCGUGUCCGUCAAGGCCCAGCCGCGGCGGCGGCUCCGCGACCUCAAUCGGGUGGACCGGCGGCACCAGGCGCUGCAGCUCCGCCGGCAGCGCAAGGAGGCGGUGAUGGCGGAGAAGCGGGGCCUGGGCAGCCGGGACGGGCCCCCGCACCUCGUGGUCGUGGUGCCGCUGCACUGCAGAGCCGCAGCCCAGGACACCCUGCGCCUGCUGCAGGGCCAGGACUCGGCUCUGGUCCGCGUGGAGCAGGGCAGAGCUGGCGGCUUCGCGUUGCUCUGCCCACGGCUCAAGCAGCGCUGGCGCUUUGUGACAGCUCAGGCAGGGGACCUUUACACUGUCCUAGACCUGGCGAAAGUUGCUGACUCCCUCCUGUUCAUCCUGGAUCCUGCGGAAGGCUGGGAUGAUGCAGGGGAAUACUGCCUCUCCUGCCUCUUCGCACAGGGGCUCCCCACCUUCGCUCUGGCUGUCCCAGGAGGCACUGACUUACCACCCAAGAAGCGGAUAGAUGCCAAGAAGAAGCUUUCCAAAGCCAUUGAGAAGCGCUUUCCCGAGGCCAGGCUCUUCCCACUGAACACAGAGCAGGAAUGCUCACUGCUCCUCAGGCACCUCUCCGCACAGAAGCAGCGACACCUCGCCUUCCGGGACCGGCGCGCUCACCUGCUUGCCCACACUGCUGAGUUUGUGCCUGCUCAGGAGGGUGACCUGGUUGGGACCCUGAAGGUGUCUGGCUUCGUGCGGGGACAGAGCCUCAACGUGAACAGCCUGGUGCAUAUCGUGGGGCAUGGAGACUUCCAGAUGAGCCAGGUGGAUGCUCCCCCUGAUCCCCUCUCUUUGAACCCCCGAGUGGUUAAAGGACAGAAGAGGAGUCAGGACAUGGAGGUGCAGGAUGAUUCUGUAAAUGGGACUGAUGAGAUGGAGGAAGAUGUUAAGGUCCUGAUGAAGGCAGAUCCAAGCAAGCAGGAGUCUUUGCAGUCAGAAGUGGUUCCUGAUCCUAUGGAAGGGGAGCAGACGUGGCCUACUGAAGAAGAACUGCAAGAAGCAGAGGCUUCCCUGAAGGCAAACAGGAGAGUGGUGAAGGUCCCCAAAGGUACAUCCAAGUACCAGGCUGCCUGGAUUGUGGAUGAUGAAGAAGGCAGUGAGAAAGAUGAUGAAGAUGCUGAAGAUGAUGACAUUGAUGAUGAUAUGAUGGAAGAGGCAGUUUCCCAGGAGGGGGAAAGCAGUGGGGAGGAGGAGGAACCUGCAGAGGAGGAGUGUGAGACCAUGUCAGUUUCUGAGUGCUUGCGGGAUGAACAGUAUGACGAGAAGGUGGAGGAAGAUGAGCAGAUGUUGGAGAGAUACAAACAGGAGAGGAUGGAUGAAAUGUUUCCUGAUGAGGUGGACACACCACGGGAUGUUCCUGCCAGGAUCCGGUUCCAGAAGUACAGGGGGCUGAAGAGCUUCCGGACUUCUCCAUGGGACCCCAAAGAGAACCUCCCAAGGGAUUAUGCCAGGAUUUUCCAGUUCCAGGACUUCUCCCGGACCAGAAAGCACCUCUUCCGGCAAAUAGAGAAAGAGGAGACUGAAGGAGCAUCGGUUGGCUGGUACGUUACACUUCACCUCUGCAAUGUCCCUGUCUCGGUGAUGGAGAGCUUCAAAGAAGGGAAGCCCUUAGUCCUGUUCUCUCUGCUUCCACAUGAACAAAAGAUGUCCGUGUUGAACUUCCUGGUGCGCCGGCACGCGAGCCACAGCGAUCCAGUGAGGGCAAAGGAGGAGCUGAUCUUCCACUGCGGGUUCCGGCGCUUCCGAGCAUCCCCCCUGUUCUCCCAGCACACCUCAGCUGACAAGCACAAACUGGAGCGUUUCCUGCGCCCGGAUGCUGCCAUGGUGGUGACUGUUUAUGCUCCCAUCACUUUCCCUCCUGCUUCAGUGCUGCUUUUUAAACAGAGAAGUAACGGAAUGCAUGAUCUCAUCGCCACCGGUUCUCUGCUGUCUGUGGACCCCGACAGGAUCGUCAUCAAGCGGCUGGUGCUCAGUGGCCACCCAUUCAAGAUCUUCACCAAGAUGGCUGUUGUGAGAUACAUGUUCUUUAACAGAGAGGAUGUGAUGUGGUUUAAGCCAGUGGAGCUGAGGACAAAGUGGGGCCGUAGAGGGCACAUCAAGGAGCCAUUAGGAACCCAUGGGCACAUGAAGUGCCAGUUUGAUGGACAGCUGAAGUCCCAGGACACGGUGCUGCUGAACCUCUACAAGCGGGUUUUUCCUAAAUGGACUUACGAUCCCCACGUUCCGGAGCCUGUGCCAUGGGUGAGGAGCCAGAGCACGCUGCCAGUGCAGGAGGUGGACAUGGAAUAACUCCAGCGUGGCUGGAGUUGGUGCCUUAGCUCCUCAGAUGCUGUUCUCAGGCUGCGCACAGUGAGGACAGCACUGAUGUGUGGAUGUGUCACUGCUGGGGGUCUGUACAGGGGUGGUUCUCUGCCCAGCUGCUGCUCAGGUACCAGCUACAGCUAUUUAUUUUAAUGGAAAGUGUUUUUAAAAACCUC